ACAUUUUCCUAUAAAUUACCUUUCAUAUUUGUUCAUCCAGAUCAAAUCUCCAGUUUUCAGGAGCCUCCUACAAUUCAUCCUAUUUUCUUUCUUAGUUUUCCGAUGGCCAUUCCUCUGUUUACAAGGAUUCAUGAGAGCAAGGCACCGUAUGUUUUCGGGUUGCUCGGUCUUUUCUUCUUGGUCCAAACUGGUAAUGCAUUUGAGUUCAUAGUUGGAGGCGCUAAUGGAUGGGCUCCCUCUGCUUCUGAUGCACUCAAUCAGUGGGCAGAAUCUCAACGCUUUCAAAUUGGCGACUCUCUUGUGUUUAAUUAUGCAGCUGACCAAGAUUCAGUGCUUUACGUAACAAAAGAUGACUACACAAACUGCAAUACAGCAUAUCCUAUUAAUAAAUUUACGGAUGGCCACACCGUUUACAAGUUCAAUCAAUCUGGACCUCAUUACUUCAUUAGUGGCAACGAAGAGCACUGCAAAAAGAAUGAGAAGUUGGUGGUCAUUGUGUUGGCUGAUAGAGGCAGUAAAUAUGGCAACUCUCCGCCUCCUCUCGAGUCCAAUCCAUCUCCACCACCAUACAGCUACUCCCCGCCGCCUGUAGAGUCCAUUCCUCCACCGACAUAUAGCAACUCCCCACCGCCUGUAGAGUCCAAUUCAUCACCUCCACCAACAGGUGAACAGAAUCCAGAUACACCUUCAGAUACAAAUCCACCUUCUCCACAUAAAAAUGGUGCUGCAGCUUUACCAUCCAUCACCAGUUUCCUAUGCUCUACCGGGGCUUUACUUGGUUCAUCCCUCGUAUUAGUUUUCUAACUUGUGACUUGCGAGCCAGAUUUGAAAGUGUUGUUUGUUUGUUUGUUCUUUCCUUGUAAAUGGUUAUGGCAAGUAUUUUUCUAAACCCUGAGUUUGUUUUAACGGCAUUCCAAUGUAGAGUCCUGCCGUCAUUAUUGGUUUGAUUCAUGUUUGACAAUAAUAUAAAGACAGCACAUGUUUGAAUAAUAUAGACAGUAAGCUUCA